ACAGAGAGGACAGAGGAUGAGGACGAGGGAUGGGGCGUCUUCAAGGCAGACGGGGUGGAUAUCCAUGUGGAGCUGAAGGAGAGGCUGGGGAAAGAUCAGGCUGCAGAAGUCAAGCAGUCUACUGGGGAACAGUUCUUUAUUGACAAAAGCCCUCCUCCACCGGCUCCAUUCAACCAUCGGAUAGUGUCGGCCAAACCCAACCAGAUCAACAACUUUUACACCAUCAACAGAGCUGAGGUUCUAGGAGGGGGUAGUUUUGGCCAGGUGCACAAAUGCAUGGAAAACUCCUCAGGUCUCACCCUAGCUUCCAAAAUCAUCAAAGCCCGGAGUCAGAAAGAAAAGGAGGUGGUCAAGAAUGAGAUCAUGGUCAUGAACCAGUUGGACCAUGCCAACCUGAUCCAGCUCUACGCCGCCUACGAGUCCAGAAAUGACAUCAUCCUGGUGCUGGAAUAUGUGGAUGGUGGGGAGCUCUUUGACCGGAUCAUCGAUGAGAACUACACUCUGAUGGAGCUGGACACGGUCAUGUUCAUCAGGCAGAUCUGUGAGGGCCUGCAGCACAUGCACAAGAUUUACAUCCUACAUCUAGACCUCAAGCCUGAGAAUAUUCUAUGUGUGAGCAGAGUCACGAAUAAAAUCAAGAUCAUUGACUUUGGACUUGCCAGAAAAUACAAUCCCAGAGAGAAAUUGCAAGUGAAUUUCGGCACCCCAGAGUUCCUGGCCCCAGAAGUUGUCAACUAUGAUUUUGUGUCAUUCAACACCGACAUGUGGAGUCUGGGAGUCAUUACAUAUAUGCUUCUCAGUGGUCUGUGUCCCUUCCUGGGUGACAAUAACAAUGAGACUCUGAACAACAUCCUGGCCUGCCAGUGGAACUUUGACGAGGAAGAGUUUACAGACAUCUCAGAGGAGGCCAAAGACUUCAUCUCCAAACUACUCAUCGUCAAUAAAAGUUGGAGGAUAGGUGCCUCUGAAGCGCUGAGGCAUCCUUGGCUCUCUGACCCAGUCCUCCAUCACCGACUUCAUGAAAAGAAGAACAUGUGUAACCGCUCACGGCGAUCUUCAUGCGUACCCAUUACAGAUAGUUGAGCAUGAUGACUAGAUGGCGCCAGCUGUGGCCACCAGGACCAAGCCUGCUGUACACCUGCAUAUCUACUGGCGCUUACCUGUCUAAACACCUGUAGAACUACACCUGUAGAACUACACCUGUAGAAUUACUGGAGCUUACCUGUCUGUACACCUGUAGAACUACACCUGUAGAAUUACUGGAGCUUACCUGUCUGUAUACCUGUAGAACUACACCUGUAGAAUUACUGGAGCUUACCUGUCUGUAUACCUGUAGAACUACACCUGUAGAAUUACUGGAGCUUACCUGUCUGUAUACCUGUAGAACUACCCUAGCUGUGUGAUGAAUGGACAAUACAUGUUACCUGAACAACUGUUGGCUCACUAGAUAUGCUGUUUUGUUGGUUUUAGUACAUAUGUCCAAGGAUAGGUCAAAGAUUUGACAAAAGGAAGGGAUUGGUUUUAGUGGAAACAUUAACUGACAGUCAUACUUUUUUGAAUGGGUUGUCAAGUACUGUAAAAGUGCUAUUCCCUGAGUGUAAUGCCAAAGCUUAGAGCCACUGAAAACUGGAGGGUGUAGUGAAAGAUAGGAUGCUAGAUACAGUAUGUGAAUUUCAUCAGCAAAGCAAGAUUAGUAUGACAUAACACAAAACCCUAACUUUUCUGCUAAUGUGAAAGAGUUCCAUGUUGAGUACUGUACCCCACUUUUCCUCUGACUGUGAGCGUAUUUAUGCAAACCGAAGGACUUUCCCGUUUAACUUGACUGAUAGAUAGACAAAUGUCAUGUGUUUGUUGUUUGUUUUGUGCUCUCUUGAUAUUGGGUGUAAAUAGAUAAAAUAUUUAGAUGUUUGCUUAAACCCUUUAAGUCAGACCUGGAGUACUUAGUAAUGAGUCUGGGAAGGCAUUGUUAUCCUGUUUUCAUUUUCUUAAAAUCCUUCGAUCCAUUGUUUCAAUUGCUGUUGAUAGUCUAUAUUGUAUUUUGGGAAAAGCUGUACUUUCACUAAAGAAAAUGGAAAUUGUUGCGCACAAAUAUUAUGUUUUUAUGUCUGUUAUCAUGCCCUGCAUUAUUUCAUUAUAUUUUGUUAAUGUGUGUGUGUGUGUGUGUG